GAAGGAAUACGCACGGCCAAGGAGAUGCGCAUGCACUAUCAAGGAGGAAUUCACUGUGGCUCCCAAGCAGCAUAAAUAGCGACGGCUGUCUCCACUCGACCGCUACCAACAGAAAUUCAGCGAAGAAGUCGUCGGCCGCACGUUUAUAAUUGUCGUUACCGCCGUCUUAACUUGACAGUUGCCGAUACUCUUAAGAACCCUUAACGAAAUCACAGGGUCGUCGUUGCUUCUUGGAUAUUUUAACCGUUAAGCACUCUCUAUUCAACUAAAAUGGCGUUCGGAAAGAAGAAGUCAAAGGACAAGUUGCCCAAAAAGAUCAGAAGCACUUCCGUGCAAUUGGGUACGCCAGCAAAUCCGUCUGUUGCCAUUACCGAGCCUGAACCCUACGAGCAAGCGGUCUCCUCUGAUCGCCCGAAAAGCACUCAUAUCCCUAAAGACUAUUACGGUCAAAAAAUUGAUGAGCCCGACGUGAACAACCCUACAAGAUGGAAAUUCGAGCGGCCGUUGGACACGGUUCGCGCAUGGCAUAAGCUGAUUGACGUGGAUUCUCAUCCAAUGUCGCAAAGGAGCAUUCGUCCUGAAAGCUCGCACUAUCGACCGACUGUUCAGUCGUUCCGACCAAUCUCAUUUGUCGGUGUCGGUAGCAGCGACCUGACGCAUGCUACUAGCGGUUCCUCCGGCAGCAAUGUUGAUGUCUCCAUGGAGCAAUAAGUUCUGCUUGUCCAUAAAUGGCUGACUUUCAUUUCCUUAAAAUUCUUUUUGGCAUCCGUACAUGGAGUGGAUAUCUGGUUAUCCUCCCCGUUAUGUUGUAUGGUUCUUGCUUUGACUGUUUCACUUUUCUCUCUUCAGCAUUCUUUUUAUUCUCCAACUCGCUCCACUCUUUCGUACAGUGUUAUUAUUUCUUUCACUCUGUUAACGCGGCGCUUCCAGCAGCUAGCUCCAUUGCUCUAGCAAUUGACAUGACGCCGACUGUUUGCUUGAUUCCUUCCACGUGUGCUUGUGCACCUCGCAAGUCUUCAAUGUUUUCUCUUCCUUUCUGUUUUUGUUUAUUAUGAUGAA